AUGGCGCGGCGUCACGGGUGGCAGCUCCCCGCCCACACCCUGCAGGUGGUUGCUAUAACAGUGUUCUUCUUGCUGUGUAUAGCAUUCUAUGCUUUCUUGUCUCCAUUUCUCGGGAAGGACUUGUAUCAGUAUAUCGCAGUCGGUGUUUAUAGUUUUCUGGCCUUAUCUGUACUGAUUCUGUACGCUCGAUGUACUGCUAUUGAUCCUGCUGACCCAGGCAUCCUGAUUACCGUCAAUGGUGCGCUAAUCUAUAAGUCAGAAGCAAUUAUAGACACUCAAGAAGAAGCUAGCAAACCAGGAUUGAGAACCAGCGAGGAAACCCAGAAGCAUAAAUCGUGUUUAGGAGCUGGUUGUUUCUGCUGUGCUAUUUUUAUAAAAGAGGAUUGUCGCAAAGAAGAUGAAGCUUACCAGCAAGAAGAUUAUGGCGAGGAGGCACUCUUUUGCACCCUUUGCAACACAGAGGUGCGCAAAAAUAGUAAACAUUGUCGAAGCUGUGACAAAUGUGUUGAUGGUUUUGAUCAUCAUUGCCGGUGGCUGAACAACUGUGUUGGAAGGAAAAACUAUGCGACAUUUUUGUGCCUUAUGGCUGUGAGUCUUGCUUGGCUUGCAGUUGAGUGUGGGGUUGGCAUAGCUGUGUUUGUCCGUUGCUUUACUGAUAAAACAGCCAUUGAAGAUGAGAUAGGGGAAAAGCUUGGUUAUGGUCUUUCACGAGCACCCUUUGCAGUCAUUGUGGCCCUGGGUACAGCUCUUUCUGUGCUAGCUUCAUUUCCCUUGGGAGAGCUGUUCUUCUUUCAUAUCUUAUUAAUCAGGAAGGGCAUCACAACUUAUGAGUAUGUCGUGGCAAUGAGGGCUCAGAGUGAACCUCCUGGUCUCUCUGUCAAUGAUGAGCAGCAAAGCUUGCCGUCUUCUCCGAUGAGUUCUGCACCAACUGCUUUCAGCGGGAGCUCAUUCGCGCGGCACUACAAAGGAGCAUGGUGCACUCCACCACGCAUCUUCGUUGACCAGGACGAAAUCAUUCCGCACCUGGGACCUGGGCGAUUACCUUCAACUGUUGAUCCUGAUAGCAUGGACCCUGUCGAAAGAGCCAAACAGCAUGCUAAGCGCCAAGUUCGCAUUAGCCCAUGGAAGCUCGCAAAAUUGGAUUCAAACGAGGCCAUGAAAGCAGCAGCAAAAGCCAGAGCUUCUUCAUCCGUACUGAAACCGAUCAAUAGCCGUUCUCAAUAUGAGGCUGACCGGUGCUCCAGUGACAACCUCAGCUGCAGAAGCAGCGUCAUGAGUGCUGAUACUGGACACCACAUCGACACUCGGUCUGGCAGGAAUGCUCAGCACAACAAGUCCUCUUAUGCACCCAGCGUAGCAAGUGCAGAUGACAUCGAGCUCUAUCCCCAGACACCCAGCAGCUUCCAGAGCAACUCACGGGCUCCAACACCUAUUGCAGAGCACCAUCCAGCGAAGCAUUUCAACCCAAUCUAUCAGACAUCAGUAAACAGGUCUCCAUUCUCAGCCAGAGCAAGCGGUGUGAAUGAAGCGGCCAUCUCAGAAGCCAACAACGGAAGGAGGUUUGGUCUGCCAAACACAGAUAGAUCUCCUCGGUCAUCUGUUUACUGGGAUCAGGAAGCUGGCCGGUUCAUGUCCGCGCAGGCAAACCAAAACCAUGGACCGAGCUCUCGCGUGGGCCGUCCUGACCUUCUGUACACUGGACCGUCUAUAUUCUUUGGUGGACCUCUGAUGGGAGAUUCUGCAACGAGAAGCUUCAGAGAUCCUGGCGGCUCCUCGAGCCAACGCUCUUCUGGCGUGUCUCGGCCUCAACAGCUCCCUGUCUUCGUCCCCACUGAUCCCCAGAAAGAUCACGUCUCCAGGUUACCGUGAAAUUAGCUGUUUUCCGGAUUAGUCUUCUGAAGCACUUGGUUCCUCUCCCUUGUGGUUCAGUGUACAGUUCUUGUUUCUUACAACAUCAGACAUUGUACGCUGUGUUCUUAUGUCAGCUAGGUGGAACCUGAGAUUAAUUUAGUUACGAUUUGAAUACAGAAAUCAUUAAGCCUUAUUGUUUAUGAAGGAAAAAUAAUGUCCUGAAGAAUUGAUCCAAUUUGAGCACGUACUUGUGUUCAUCUUG